GUCCCUAGCCCCUGAGCCCCAACGCGGCCAGCCGGGUCUCCAGCUGCCUGCGUCCCUGAGCGCUUCUCAGACCAGGUGCGCCCAGGUCCUCCCCGACUCAGCGGCCUAGCCUUCCGCGGCCACCUUUGUGGACAUAUGGGAGGGAGUCCGGGGCGCCUCCCUGGAGAGAAAUCGGUGUUUGUCACCUGGUCCUGGUGGUGCUGAGCCUCUGGCCAAAUAGAGCCAUUGCCCCUGGGCCACCAUCUGGCUCCCCUCGAGUCUCUUCAGAUCCUCGUGCAGAUCUGGACAGCGCUGUCCUCCUGACCCGAUCCCUUCUGGCAGACACUCGGCAACUAGCCGCACAGAUGAGAGACAAAUUCCCAGCGGACGGAGACCACAAUCUGGACUCCCUGCCUACCUUGGCCAUGAGCGCUGGGACACUGGGAUCCUUGCAGCUUCCAGGUGUGCUGACAAGGCUUCGAGUAGACUUGAUGUCCUACCUCCGGCAUGUGCAAUGGCUGCGCAGGGCAGGUGGUCCAUCCCUGAAGAUUCUGGAGCCAGAGCUGGGUGCCCUGCAAGCCCGGCUGGACCGGCUACUUCGUCGUCUACAGCUCUUGACAUCUCGCUUGGCUUUGCCCCAGGCAACCCCAGACCAACCCACGGUCCCCUUGGGCCCUCCUGCUUCAGCUUGGGGAAGCAUCCGGGCGGCUCACGCCAUCUUAGGAGGCUUGCACCUGACCUUGGACUGGGCUGUACGAGGCCUGCUGUUGCUGAAGACUCGGCUGUGACUCAAGACUGAAAGCCACCACCGAUAUCAUCUUUUAAAGCCACAUUUUUAUUUAUUUAUUUAUUUUGUUACUUGGGGGGGCUGAUCAUCAGGGGCAUGCCACACCCCACACAAGCCGACACCCAGCUAGAUACAU